CUGUCACUUCUUACCUAGUCUCCUCCUCAGUUGCUGUGAGGAAGCUAAGAAUGGUGAUGCAGUUUCAGAACUUGGAAAAUCCAAUUCAGAUUAGUCUUCACCACAGCCACCGGCUACCAGGGUUUGGGCCGGACGUGAUGAGUAUGAAGCCUGCUAAAGGUGUGCUAACAGAACACGCGGCAGGCCCCCCGGGGCAGAAUCUGGAUUUAGAACCCUAUUCUCCAUACAGCAAUGUCCAGUUUCCGCAAGCUCAGCCACAGAUUUCCUCAUCAUCCUAUUAUUCCAACCUGGGUUUCUACCCCCAGCAACCGGAAGACUGGUACUCUUCUGGAAUCUACGAACUUAGGCGAAUGCCUGCUGAGACUGUGUACCAGGGAGAGCCUGAGGUCUCAGAGAUGCCUGUGACCAAGAAGCCCCGAAUGGCCACGUCGGCAGCGGGAAGAAUAAAAGGGGAUGAGCUGUGUGUUGUCUGUGGAGACAGAGCCUCUGGGUACCAUUACAACGCACUCACCUGUGAGGGCUGCAAAGGUUUCUUCCGGAGAAGCAUUACCAAAAAUGCCGUGUACAAGUGUAAAAAUGGGGGCAACUGUGUGAUGGACAUGUACAUGCGACGGAAGUGCCAGGAGUGCCGGCUAAGAAAGUGCAAAGAGAUGGGAAUGUUGGCUGAAUGUAUGUAUACAGGUUUGUUAACUGAAAUUCAAUGUAAAUCUAAACGGCUGAGGAAAAACGUGAAGCAGCAUGCAGAUCAGACAGUGAGCGAGGACAGCGAAGGACGCGACUUGCGACAAGUGACCUCCACGACCAAGUCAUGCAGGGAGAAAACUGAACUCACCCCAGACCAGCAGACCCUCCUGGAUUAUAUUAUGGAUUCAUACAGCAAACAGAGGAUGCCUCAGGAAAUAACAAAUAAAAUUUUAAAAGAAGAAUUUAGCGCAGAAGAAAAUUUUCUCAUAUUAACAGAAAUGGCUACCAGUCAUGUGCAGAUUCUUGUAGAAUUUACAAAGAAACUUCCAGGGUUUCAGACGCUGGACCACGAAGAUCAGAUUGCUUUGCUCAAAGGGUCCGCAGUCGAAGCCAUGUUCCUCCGUUCAGCAGAGAUUUUCAAUAAGAAACUUCCCGCUGGACAUGCAGACCUGUUGGAAGAAAGAAUCCGAAAGUGUGGCAUCUCAGAUGAAUAUAUAACCCCGAUGUUUAGUUUUUACAAAAGUGUUGGGGAAUUGAAAAUGACCCAGGAAGAGUACGCACUACUCACGGCAAUCGUCAUCCUCUCUCCAGACAGGCAAUACAUAAAGGAUAGAGAGGCAGUGGAGAAGCUUCAGGAGCCGCUGCUUGAGGUGCUGCAAAAACUGUGCAAGAUUCAUCAGCCCCAGAACCCUCAGCACUUCGCCUGUCUCCUGGGCCGCCUGACGGAACUGCGGACAUUCAACCACCACCACGCCGAGAUGCUGAUGUCCUGGAGGGUGAACGACCACAAGUUUACCCCACUCCUCUGCGAGAUCUGGGAUGUGCAGUGAGGCGCAUGGGGAGGGGCUAGCUCCUGGUCCUCAUGGGGACGUACAUCUGAUAUCUGACUUUUCCUUGUUUCACUUGUACCUGGUUUGUCACAAGAAUCUCAACGAAUAUUUAUGCAGCAGUUGUAUAGUUCCCACAUUUGUAAAUACAGGCUAGGUAGAAUUGCUUUCUCUACACUUUAUUUUACAAGGCUUCAGGAAACCCACCGAUGCGCCCUGUUGGCCUAGUUAAAUCAGUUGUUACUUCAAUUCUGUCUGCCGAGCUAGGGACAGCCUCAUCCGACAAUAUUCCAUAUAUUUUAUUAAAGAGCCAUUUUCAACUGAAACAAUAAACUGAACAUGAUAGCAACAGACUUCUCAUUUGGGGAA